AUGGGGGGUAGUAAAAAUGAUAAUUUGUAUGUUAUGAAAGGAGGAGGAAUAAGUAAGUGUGCAAAAGGAAAUAAAGCAAAUGGAGAAAGUAAUAAUAAAAUAUUUGGAAAAAAUUUAGCUAGUUCAAAAAAUAAAGAAAAAAUUAAUGUAAAUAAAAAUUCAAAAGGAAGUAAUAAUAAAAUAAGAACUGCAGGGAAAGUUAUAAACACUAUAUCAAAAUUUAAUGAUUCCUAUGCAUUAAUAUUUCCGAAUGCAUUACCAGUAAAACAAAUUUUGUGGGGAUUAGAUCCCUUAAAUAAAGUAUGGAGAUAUUGCUCUAUUGUUUAUGCAAGACCAAAAAAUAAAAAUUUAAAUGAUAUAAAUUUAAUAUUUCCUUUAAAUAUAAACAAAAGUGAAAUUAUAAAUAAAAUUAAUAAUGAAUUAAAUAAUAAUAAUAAUACAUUAAAAGAAAGUGAUUAUGAUUAUUAUGUUCAUUGGGAAAAGUUUGAUAGAAGAUUAGAUUGCUGGCUACCUUAUGAAAAUUUAAGAUUAUUAGACAAGGAGCCAGAUGAUGGUCUUCCACUUAUAAAGGAUACCGAAAGUGUUUCUGACCAUGAACAUGCAGGGAUUGAUAAGGAGUAUUUAAGAGAGCAUGAAGAAAAUACUAAAUUAAAAACUAUAAAUCAAAUCAAAUUUGGAAAAUAUUUAAUUGAUACAUGGUAUUUUUCUCCUUACCCAAAAGAAUAUCAAAAUAUUGAUGUUUUAUAUAUAUGUGAAUUUUGUUUGUCUUUCUAUAAAGAAGAAAAAGAAAUGAUUCGUCAUACAGAAAAAUGUGAAAUUAGACAUCCCCCUGGUAAUGAAAUAUAUAGAAAUGAUAAAAUAUCUAUUUUUGAGAUAGAUGGGAACUAUUUUAGAAUAUAUUGUGAAAAUUUAUGUUUUUUAUCAAAAUUAUUUCUUGAUCAUAAAACAUUGAAGCAUAGAGUUAAUUUAUUUUUAUUUUAUGUUAUAACUGAAUAUGAUGAAUAUGGCUAUCAUAUAACUGGAUACUUUUCUAAAGAAAAAUAUUCCAAGAAUAACGUUUCAUGUAUACUUACCUUACCACAACAUCAAAAAAAGGGUUAUGGAAAAUUUCUGAUUAAUUUUAGUUAUUUUUUAUCUCAAACAGAAAAAAGAACAGGUACACCUGAAAGACCACUUUCUGAUUUAGGUGUGGCUUCAUAUAUGGCUUAUUGGUAUGAAACAUUAUUAAAAGUUUUAGUUAAUUAUGAACAAUUAUCAAUCCAUGAGCUAUCGGAAAUUACUAGUAUUGAAACAAAUGAUAUAAUUUCUUGCUUAGAAGAGAAAGAAAUUCUUAAAAAUAUAUCAAAUGGAGAAUAUUUUUAUUAUAUUAAUCCAAAACAGUUAGAAUUUAUUCUUAGCAAAAUUAAUCAAAAAAAUAGUGAAUUAUGUAGAAAUAAAUUACAUUGGGUAUCUUAUGAUUAUUACCUAGCUUUAUAUGAAUAA